AUGAAGGAAUUCGCAGAAAUGUUUGCUGCGCUAUAUCAGUUAUCCGUUCUGAUCUCUUCAUUUGCAAAAUACUCCGCAGUUGUUUCCAGACUGCAAUGUAAAUGGAAAGGUUCGUGUCGGACACAGCGUCAAAUUCUGGAUACUGUCAUUGGUGUAACCGUUUGGAAAGAACUGACGGAAGUCGAUUUUUUUUCUGAUUACAUUUGGGAUGGACUUGCAAUGAUGAUUACUAAUCUAGAGAAGCUGAUACGCUGGCUCACAACAUAUCCCGCUGGCUUAAAAUUAAAUGCUCAUUUGAAUACCAUAUUAUCACAGUUCUUUGUAUAUCAUAUCUAUUUAUGGCAAACUUAUUUAUCAGUAGCAAGUGUUUACAUUGGAUUUGGUUUCAUUUCUUUAUCGUGUUUCUUUGGCUUAUCUGUUUUUUUCGCUGCUUUAUCUGAUCUCUUUCGGCUACUCACCGUGCAUAUAUACUGCUUUCAUAUUUACGCUUUCAAGAUGGCCACACUGUCAAUAAUGUCAAUAAAAUCACUUUGGAGAUUAUUUCGUGGACGGAAAUAUAAUCCUUUGCGCAAGAGAGUUGAUUCAGUAAAACUGGACGCGAGACAGCUAUUCAUAGCUACUUUAUUUUUCACCAUAUUACUUUUUCUUCUUCCUACGAUACUUGUUUAUUUCUUCAUAUUUUCAUCGCUGCAUUAUGGAGUGUGCGCUAUACAAAUGCUCCUCUCGUUGCUGUCGAUUGUUCAGGAUAAAAUCAUCUUCUGUGUUUUCAAACAGCAUUAUAACUGA